UUGAAUUCUGAGAUUUUGAAGUCAAGAGAUUUUUGAAAAUGCUAGGAGUAAUUGUCCUGCUUCUCAGCAUCUCUUUCAGUCAUGCAGACCCCAGAGGAAAACCAUACCAGAGGGAUGUUAUCUGCCAACAAUUUAACACGAUGGGAAAAGACAAAUUUACAUCCUUAGCACUCAUCAUGAACAGUAGAAAGUAUUCUAAUGCGACUUAUGAAGAAAUAGAGCACGUUGUAAAAGAUAUUGCAUCACUUGCCUCAACGUGUUGUGCUAAUGGAGCUGCUCCUAACUGUUAUGACAAUGGGGCAAAUGCAAUGUCAGCUAAAUCCUGUGAUCCAAAGUCACCAUUUCCUAAGCACCCUGGCACUUCAACCUGCUGUAUUUACAAAGGCCUAGAAAGAAAACUGUGCCUGGCAGACCUGAAACAGCCUCCUAAAGAAUUUCCAACAUAUGUGGAGCCAUCUAAUGAAGAACUUUGUGUUUCUUUUAAGAAAGAUCCUCAAAAAUUUUCUUCCAGGUUUCUUUAUGAAUAUUCCAGUAAUUUUGCCCAAACUCCAUUUCUCGUGAUCUUAAAAUCCACAGAAAACUACUUAAAGAUGAUAGCACAAUGUUGUACCACACAGAGACAGGCACCAUGUUUUCUGCAACAGCGACUAAACAUGACGCCACUUCAUUUACUUACUGUGAUGUCUAAUAGGUUGUGUUCAAGCUUCAACAGUUAUGGAGAAGAGAAACUCAAGUUCAGUGCUUCAAUAAUGUUAAGUCAGAAAGUGCCAUCUGCAGAAUUUAAGGAUGUGAUGACAGUUGUAGACCAGUGUACACAGGUGCUUGCUAAAUGCUGCAAUUCCAUAACUGAUGAUUGCAUUGGAAACGAGCUCACAGUUCAUAUACAACAAGUUUGUAAAAAUCUACAAUCAAAAGAUUCUAGAGUCGCUGAUUGCUGCAAGAAGACACCUAUUGAGACUCUCCACUGCCUGCAUUCAAUGUCAACGGCUGAGCCUAUUAAACUACCAGCACUUCAAUGGCCAAAAAAUGAUGACCUUUGUAAGGAAGACAAGAACCAGGAAAUUGACAAAUACCUGUUUGAGUUAGCAAGGAGAAAUACUAAGCUGCCAGAAGUGUUCAUCAGUAAACUACAUGGUUCCGUUGAAGGAAUUGUGAAAGGAUGCUGUAAUUCUGCAGACUCUAAUACUUGCCUGAAUAACAAGGGUCCACAAUUAAAAAAGGAAAUUAACAAAUACAUAACUGAAGGCAAUGAGCUAUGUGGAGAUUAUAAUAAAUAUGUCUUCACUGAAUUCAAGGAACGGACUACCAAAAUGUUCAGCAGGAGAUUUCCUAAAUUAUCAGCAAGCAAGCUGGAAGAAUUAGUGGAAAAGCGAACAAGUUUAGCAUCAACGUGCUGUGUUACAAAUGCUCCCCCAGUUUACUGCUCAGAGAUGAUAUCUAAUGGAUUUAAGAUCAAUUGUCCUCAACAACCCUGUCUUCUGCAAUAGGGCUAAGAAACUUGUAAAAACUCCGACACGAAGCAAGAAAAAGAAGAAAUGAUUGAAUCAAUCUGAAGAUAUAAUGUGAUGCCAAAAUCCUUUCAUCAUCUUCUGAACAAAUUAUAAGUGCCUAUGGAUGCUUUUAAAAUCAUAAUAAAAUGUAUUUGAAUAUAUAA